GGCAAUUUGCAAGGAAACACGUACUUGGAGCUCUCAAAUUUUAAAAAUUUGGACAGUGGACUUUGCUCCAAGCACACAAACAGAUCUAAUGCAGUCAAAAGAGAAACAUCCCCCCACACUUAACAUCGACAUUGCCCUCAAUGGAGAAGGGGGAAGGAUAAGGGGAAGGAUGUUACCGGUGUGCACGGACUUCAUGAGACUGGAAGCGGACCAGUCUGAGUGAAGCGGACUAGAGAGGGGACCAGUCAGGAACAAAGCACAACUAAAGGGAACAGAAGAACUCAAACACAAUACGUUAGGUCCAAUGGUAAGCCCAAUAAUACAUCAUCAAAAUAAAAUAAAAUAAAAUAAAAUAAACCAACACACAAGACAACUUGCACUCUGACAGAAGGAAACAAUACAAAAGGGGCCCACGAGUACAGCCUACUCGAGCCCGGUGAAGUCAAUCUGGUCCAUGAGGUCGUCGACCGCAUCAGCCGGUGGUGGUGGUGGCGGUGAGUGGUCCCACCGGGUGGACAAGUGGUGCUCCUCUGGUGGGUGACAAGAAUGGAGCAGGUGCUCCUGGUACUCCAUCAUCUGGCGGCUGCGAGCCCUCUCUCGCUCGAUGAGAGCUGAUAACAUCGUAUUUGCACAUGUUUGCACCCUCGUUUCUUGAUCAUUUUGGCUUGAGUUUUUACCGUCUUGGACUAUUUUACAGUAGGUUGUGUUCCUUUGUCACAUUUCAGGUCCUAGCAUGUAAAUUGGAGCAAAGGCGCAAGUUUCAUGUCAAUCGGAAUUCAUUUGCCAAUUCGGCAGAAGAAACACGAGCAUGACCUGAGGAAUAAUGGAUUUCUACGUCAUUUUAUGGACAAAUAAUCAUGGAAUCUUGUCAGGAAAAGAAAGAGGACGAGACUACGAGCGUCUGGGUUCAAACGGCGACUGAUUCGGAGUCCGGACGAGGGAGAAACGAAGCAUUAAACAAGAGUAGAGGAAGAAUUACGGGCAGACCCUGACCAAUUACGGUCGUAAUUGCUCCUUUCUUGCCGGUAAUUGCAAUGCCGAGUCUAAUUAUUCAGAAUUCCUGUCGCAGAGACAAUUACGGGCAAGAGUCAAAGUAACUACGGUCGUAAUUCCAUAAUUACUGACAGUAAUUGGGUAAUUACGACCGUAAUUCCCUUCCUCGGAGUUAAGUAAAACGCGCGUUUUGGGAGAUUUAUGGACAGACCGUGAUUACGACCGUAAUUCAGCCCGUAAUUCGCCCAGAAUCGGGUUUUUGAGGCAGAUUCGAGCCAAAUGAGAGGGAGUCGACUUUUUGGAGCAAAAAUAGAGUUUUAGACAGAAAAAGUGCGAAGAACAAACCCUAGGAGCUAUUUGGAGUUGAUUUCUCACCAUUGAAGCCCAUAUUGCAUCCCCAGGAGUGAAAAUCAUCAUCCCAGAGCAGAUUCUUCCCAUUGUUAUGAGUAUGACUGCUUUGUAUUAUGUUUCUCUAUCUCUCUCUAUGUAGUAGACCCUUAUCUCACUUGGGUAUGAAGAACCCUAGUUCCAUGUGUUAGGGAUCAUGAUUGUAAUGACUUGGGAUUGCCAUACUGUUUGGUUUUAAUCGAAUGAUGCAUGAUUCAUUGAAUUGAUUGAAGUCUGAUGCAACCUGAGAUAGAUAGAAUCUGAUUAGGUUGUUAGAGCUUCUUCAUUCGGAAGUAGUAGAUUGGCUAUACGAGAGUUAGUCAGUCUACUGCUUUGUACUGGAAUCCAAUUCCAGUAGUGGAGUUCUGUGCUUAUUGCUUCAACGUUCUAUCCCGGUGAAGACUAGUCGUCUGCCGCGUAGUUAGACUGAGAGGGCUUGGUCAGCUUAAGAGAUUCCAAGCUACUGUCGGAUCUUCCGCAGUUUAAUCAACAGUAAAUCAACCCAGGGUAAUUACAAUUGAGACCUAACUAAGGAGCUAGGGGGACUCAUUCCCGAGUGACUCUUCUUUUGCUUUAGAAAACCGAAUCAAUUCCUGCUUUCUUUCUGCUUUCAGUUAAGACCACAAUCAAUCGACUUAGUUGGCUAGAUAAUAGAUAAUCACGGAGUAGGCAGUAGAUCUAGACCCCGGGUUGAUAAUUAGACUUGCCAACAGUUUGGUGUUGUGUCGUAGCGUGUCAAGUUUUUGGCGCCGUUGCCGGGGACUUUCUAGAUUAUUAGGAAAGGCAUAAGUUUGUUACUUUAGCGUUUUUUUCCACCCUUGCUUUUCACUUGGGUGUUUUUGUUUUUGUUGGUGCAGAUCUGAAUCAUGGAUCCUAAUGGCUUCUCUAACCAGUGGGGGUAUCCACCACCAUCUGAGUGGUAUUACCCCGAGACUUCCCGGAGCAAUCAAGGAGGAGAGGACUAUGGAUUCGGGUCCCAGUACCAACCCCCUUACUACAGAGAACAAUCAGACCACUGGGCAUAUCAAGAACAACCUACUUAUCCGGAAGAAUUCCUCCCACAACUAGAAGGGCCAUUAGAUCUUGAUUUAGCCACAGCCUUCACGGGCCAUCCGGCAGAGCCAUGCUACACUCCACAUCCAGAUCCAAACUAUCACUUGAGGCUUCUUGUGGAGCAGAUUGCUCGAGUACCUGAGAGAUCCUUUCCCGAUAUGGAUCCGCAUAUCCAGGCCAUGGCCCAAACUGACUUCUGCUUUCCCCGUGAAACAGAGGAUACCCUUCGGAGCAUAAAGAAGCACAUAGAGGUCAUUGAGAAAGCUUGUGCACAGUUUGCUCAAGACAACCUUUAUGCUGCCAUACAAGUAGAGGAGGAGGAAGAAGAAGUCAAUCAUGAGGAUGUUGAGGAGCAUAGAAAAGUUGUCACAGAAAGCUCCCAUGAUAAUCAUGAUCAAGUGUAUCCUCUAGUGGUAGAUUACAACUGUCCCCAUUUCUGCUCUGAUAUGCUGGGCCCGAGCGAUGAGAUGCAAGAUGAUCUCAUUGAAGAAAUUACAUGGCGACUUGCUCUCCAAUCUGUGCUAGAAGAAGAAGAGCGAGAAAGGGUGAGGGAAGAAGUUGUGGAGGAUGAGGAAGAAAGUAAAGAAGAGGAAGUUCUUGAUCUUUUCCAAGGGGAGAGGCCACAUUCUGAUGAAGGCAGGGGGGUUGAAGAAGCAAGUGGUGUCCAGACUGAGGAUGAACUUGAGGUGGAAGAGGCUUGCACCGACCAUGAUUUACAUGUGAUAUCUCCACCAAACUUAAAGGAACUGCUUAGCAAGGACCCAUUUGCAAUGUCUCUUUGCCAGACCAAGGCCACAUCAACAUCAGUCCCUCUUGGUGGACGCGAUAGUGGUCAUUCGAUACUGCUAUAUUUGGUUUGGGGCAAUGAGACAAGAGAAGAAACGAGGAAGAGGUAUCGAGGGUGGAUACUUCAGUUGCAUCAAGUACAUGAGCCUUCAUCACCUGCCACACCACCUGCUCGUGACUUGAGACUCCACCUCAUAGAUGAGAACCUCAACUUCAAAGAGGUUCUAGCAUGGACCGAAACUUAGGAGCUACCGUCCGGCUCACGACGUGAAAGAAGCGCUUGUUGGGAGGCAACCCAACUAGUCGAUUCACAUUUCUUUCCUUAUCUCUCCUCAGUUGAGUCAGUUUUGUUCUUUGAUGUUAGAGUCAAUAACUCAACCUUUGUGAGAUUUUGUGUGUUAUUUGUGUUCCGACUACUCUCUCCUCCUAGAAUGCACUGCCUGCCCCGUCCACCAUCAUUCACCCUUGAUCUGGUAACUUCGUUUUACCCUCCUUAUCUUUCCUCCAUUGAGGACAAUGUCGUGCUUAAGUGUGUGUGUGUGUGGGGGGGGGGGGUGUUCGAUUAUGUAUGCGUGUGAAUGUUUGGCUGUAUGUGUGUGCUUGGAGCCUAGUCCACUGUCCAAAUCUUGAGAUUUGAGGGCUCCAAGUACUGUUGUUUGCUUGAUCGUAUUGGCAUUGUGAGUUUAAUUGGUGAAUCGAAUGGCUUUCGAAUGAAUGUAUGACAACUGG